GGGCACAGGUGGGUGGCACUGGUGGGCACAGGUGGGUGGCACUGGUGGGCACAGGUGGGUGGCACUGCUGGGCACAGGUGGGUGCACUGCUGGGCACAGGUGGGUGCACUGCUGGGCACAGGUGGGGGCACUGCUGGGCACAGGUGGGCGGAGCUAGUGGGCGCACUGCUGGGCGGAACUUGCGGGUGUCAUUGCUGGGCACCGAUCAUCAGGGCACUGAUCAUCAGUGCCCUGAUGAUCGGUGCCGAUCCCCGCUCUGACAACUGCCGGUUCUCGGCAGUACUUUCCUCACGAUCUGACAGCGUGAGGAAAGUGCAGCCGAGAACCGGCACUUGC